GUUUUCAAAAAUAACUAGAUAAAAAUAAAUUUUAAUAAGUUUAUCAAUGCUGGUUUUGAUAUAAACCCAAAAUGACGGACGUUGGAGAAAUAAUUGAUUACAUAAAGUCAUUGAAGAAAGGGUUUGAUAAAGAUUUAUUUCAAAGUAAAAUUGACGAGCUCGGUUAUCUUGCGGACAGUCGAGAUAUAAGUUAUGAAGAAUUUCACACAUUGUUCAAAAUAUGGCUCAAUUUAAAUAUACCUAUUACGAAAUGGGUAAAUUUAGGAACUUGUUUGGUGCCACAACAAAAAAUAUCUCAAGUGACAAUAGAUUAUUCCUUUAGAUGGAUUCUUGCAAACUAUAGAAAACAAGACUAUGUUUCUCGAUUGGGCUUUCUACUGGACUGGCUUACUGCUGCCAUGGACUGUAAUGCUAUCGAUAUAAACAGAUUGGAUUCUGGAUAUGAGCUAUUUUAUGUAAUGUUGACUUAUGAAUCAUUGACUGGAAAUGUAAUUAAACUUAUUUACACCUUAACAAAACCAUCAGAUGUCACAAGAAAACGUGUUUUGGAAAUAAUUGAAUAUGCUAAAAAUAGAGAAGGGAAUAAGAAUUUAUAUAAGCAGCUGCAGGUGUUACUUGGAUUAUUCAAAUCAUACAAACCCGAGUGUGUUCCAGAACACAUUCCAGCAAUAUCCAUUCAUACAGCAUUCAAAAAGAUUAAUCCAGUUUUAGUUGAAAGAUUCAUGAAUAUUCAGAACAAUCAAAAUAUUUUGAAAUCAGAAAGAUUAUGCUGGGUGAACCCGAUAAAUAACAGCAGAAAUAAUAAAUCAGAACCCCUGGUACCAAACAUGGAGUUUUUGAAAAUAGGUGCAAUGCAAUAUGACAGCAAAAUGCCAAAGAAAAAUUACCUCGAUUUUUCUGACCCAAUGUCACUUCUGCAAUAUAGUCUAAAUCGUGAAAUGACAAGGCCUGCUCGUCUCAGGGCUCUCUUGUGCAAUGAAGUCGGGGUGGUCCUACUGGCAGUAUCCUCAGACAAUGACCACGCAUUUUUAUCACACGACUUACAUCAUCUGCUAACAAACUGUUUUCUGAAUGUGUCAAGCCACAGUUAUGCAGAGAAGCAUGUGAUGCUGCAGCGUCUUGUUACUCUCCAAUCAACAUUCAUGCAGGGACUUCCCGUAGUGACAAGAUUUCUUGCUCAAUUCCUGCCAUUUUGGAAUGAGUCCGAUUACUUUGCAGAGAUUUUAGAGCUAGUACAAUGGGUGAAUGUGGACGAUGCUGCCCAUGUCCAAGUGAUACUGGACAGUCUGUCCACCGUGUACCACCACUCUCAGCCAAUGGAACAGUGUGCUAUACUGAAGAGUAUCACCACAAUGUUCACAAACCUUGUGUACAAUAGUACAAGGAAAAGGCUUCAUUUUUCAGGAGUGGAAUUUACUGAUGAGAAUCUUAGUGGAAUAUUAUAUAUAGUAGCAUCCAGUAUAAGUGAUCUGUGUAGCAAAGCUUUGCAAACAUCACCAGGCGAUAUGCGCGUGGUGCACAGCUGCACGGCGGUCAUGUUGCGCGUGGCGUCGCGCGGCGUGAGUGGGCGGGGUGCGGCGACGGCGUGCACGCGCGUUCCCGUCCCGCCGCUGUCGCUCGCGUUGCCGCUGCUGGCGCCCGCCGCCACAGUGUUCGACAGCGUCGUGGCUCUUAUUCUGUCAUACAAAGAAAUAAUUAAGACGAUCAGGAUUAACAAGUGGCUGAGUAAGGAGGAGUACGUUCAUCAGAUACGUGUGAUGAAGGCGUUCACGACGGACAUCGUGAGCUGCUGGGACGAGGAGUUCCUCCGCAACAGGCGGGCGGGUCUCGUGUUCAGUAAGCUGCACCCGCAGCUCGUAAGCAAGCUGGAGACCGUCGUCCCCGACGCUGACUCCACGCUGAGCGUGCGGAACCAUCUCGCGUUCGCCCCCUACACGUACGUGCCGCUCGACGGCAUAGACGGCGACGCCGACAACAGUCUCUUGUUCAACACUAUCAUCAGGAAAAAGUUUACGAACAUCAGCAGCUUCGUCGAUGAAGUGAUGCCUGAAAUGAGCUGACGCGCACGGAGAUGGAAAGAUAAGCAACUGUUUGUAUUAACGUGCUCCAGUUGACCAAUGAACGCAUCGUUUGAGUGAUCUGUGUGCCUUGACUUCUUAAGUAGCCUUUAACGAUUUCAUUAAAAAUCCACAUAAUUUUAUGACAUUAUGAUAAUAUUAUCUAUUAUGAAUUUAAUGGUAAUAAUAGAAUAUCUUCCUUAUGAUGUCUACUUGAAAUGUUGAAUUUGCUUAUUUUUGGACCAAAAUUUUUCAUGAAUAUGGGAUGCGUAAUAUGUUGCGGACAUGUAGACAAAUUCUAUAUAAUCCGAUGGAUGACCAGCUCUUGUUUAGGUUAUUAAUCUAGACGUAUAAAAUAUACUUAUUUUGUACAAGU